GUUUCACGGGGAUAGCAGAAGAGAGUUAACGUUAAAAAAAAGAAGAAUUUUUAAGUUUUUGUACCAACAAAAAUUUUAACUUCCUUGCUAGGUUUUCUUAUUUGCUGACAAGAAUUAAUUUGUAAAGUCUUAUUUCGUUAUUAACUUUAACACGCUAAAGAUCAACAUUAAUUGUUAAAACUAGACAAAACAAUCGUUCAUGCAAGGACUAAUAAACUUCUCAACAGUCUUGAUAAAUUCUGAGGAAAGUUUUAUACAUUUAAUGUAUAAUUUUAGCAUUUUAUUCAAAGGUGAUUCUAAAUAUUGACAGAUCUACUUGUACCAUUUAAAUGAACAAAAAAUGUUUUUCUAACGUAUUAUGUCCUACGAAAGAAAUUAAAAUUUCAGCUAUCAAUACAUAUUAAAAGACACUAAAAUGUAGACAGUUUUUAUACUUGUUAUUUCCACCGUCAGAGGAAAAUGUCGAAUACUUCGAGUUUGGCGGAUACUGUGGAGGCCUUUAGUGGUCCGUACUUAAGGUGGCUGGAGAAAGACGUCCUACCGAUCAUUUCCGGAACUCUUCUUCUCUGUAUCUUUCUGUGUGGAGUAGUCUUAAACGGGCUGACAAUUCAUGCGGUGCGAAAGAAGAGGGUCACUGCUCUAUGUACCCACCUUUUUCUACAGUUGGUGGUGCUAGAUUUUGUGGCUUAUGUGUUUGUUAUUUUUCCCGCCAUUAUUACGUCAUUUGCAAAAGACUGGAUUUUGUCAGACGCACUUUGCCAAAUUUCUGGCGCGGUGGGAACGACUUGUUUCAUAUGUUUAUUCAUCUUUUUAACAUUCCUUUGCGCAGAGAGAAUGUUAAAAUUAAACAAUCCUAGUGUUCAUGACGGUUUCUUUGGAAAUAAAUGUAUAUGCGUCAUUACCAGCAUUGUCACGUGGAUAGUGACGUUUAUCGGGAGUGUUCUACCAGUGGCUGGAUGGGGGAAACUCGAGUACAUAUCCUCACAGAACAGAUGUAACGUCAACCAUGAUAAAAACAAAAUCAACAUGAAUCUUAUUUUUAUCUUUGGAAUGUUUCUUCCUGCUUUAACGUCUUUCUUAUUCAGCGUCGGUACUUUUCUACAAAGAAAAGAACUUUUAACCAGCCUUAAAUCACUGACUUCCUACGUUAAUAAUGUCAACGUAAAAGUCCAACGAAAGACCCAAUCAGGCGGGGUGACAGAGGAAAUCAAACUUGGUGAAAUCGUCGGAGACCAGGCACAAUCUCUGCCAGAGGUAGAGAGUGUAAACAGAGUGUUAACGUCCACUGAGAUAGAAGUACGACACGCGGUAUCUCCCAUGGAUUCACAAACAACCCGAGAAACGCCAACAGACAACUCCCUUUAUACCGAGCGGCCAAAUUCAAAGAACAGUAUUACAGUAGCCAACGAAGAAACUGAGCGACCUCGCUCCAGAAAUUCCGUUUCUCCAGUAACCGAAGUCUCCGGGUCAAGGACGACUCGCUCUGAGAACGAAAUGAAGAAUAAGCUGAUGAAAGACGGGUUGGCGGGGGACGAGACGACUUUAGAAUCGAGGCGAGUAGCUGUCACAGUUUACAAAAGGUCACAAGAACAUGUGGACUUCCAUCUUGCCGCCACUUACAUGUUAAUUUGGGUCAUAGUAAUUAUGCUAUGGCUUCCUUACGUAAUUGUUUGGUACUUGGACGUGUAUGACGUCAUUUCCGUUUGGGGCGGGGUAUAUUCUGUUCUUGUGAUCGUUUGUGAUGUUAGCUACUGUAUAAAACCUAUCGUGUUUAUGUCUCAUAACCAUCUGUUCAGAAAAGCCACAUCCGAUGGGGUACCAGAAAGUUUAAAAACACGAGUCGCCAGAGCAAAGAGAGUGUUAUCGAAAACCGCAAGAAGAGUUGACGGACUGAUAUUUUUGAAAAUGGGAGACGAGUCUAGGACACCAAUCAUCCAGAAAUGAGUUAAAUUCUGGUGUUGGAAUUCAAAAUCA